AUGUGUCACCGAGGUCGGAGGACCUCCGCCGCCCUGCUGUGGGCGUUGGCGGUAGUGCUGCUGGUGUCCGUGGCCGACGCGUCCCAGUGCACGUGGGAGUACGAGAAGUCGAGUGUGGUGUGCCGGUUGCGGACCCUCGAGCGGGCCGGGCUCGAUCUGCAGGGGGCCGAGGGCACCACCCGGCUCGACAUCGCGUGCAGCGAGCUGAUCCUGUUCGAGAGCCAGCUGCCGCGCAACAGCUUCGCCCGGCUGGCCGGGCUGGGCGAGCUGCGGCUCGAGUCCUGCCGGCUGCUCCAGCUGCCGGACGCCGCCUUCGAGGGGCUGGUGGCCCUGAAGCGGCUCAGCAUCAACACGCGCAACUACGAGUGGGGCCCGGCCCGCGUCCUGGAGCUGCAGCCCGGCUCGAUGGCGGGCCUGAAGGAGCUGCAGUCGCUCGACCUGAGCGACAACAACAUGCGCGCCCUGCCGGACGGCUUCCUGUGCCCGCUGACCGGCCUGAAGGUGCUGAACCUCACCAACAACCGGUUCCGGGCGGCCGAGAGCCUCGGGCUGGUGGAGAAGACGUGCGCCGGCGGAUCCGAGCUGCAGUCGCUCGACCUGGCCUACAACGAGCUGCGCGGUGUGCCGGAGAACUGGGGCGUCUCGAAGCUGCGCCGACUGCAGCACCUCAACCUGGAGUUCAACAACAUCUCCGACGUGCACGGCGAAGCCCUGGCCGGCUUGGCCUCCCUCCGGACGCUCAACCUGAGCUACAACCACCUGGAAACGCUGCCCGCCGGCCUAUUCGCCGGGUCGCGCGAUCUGCGCGAGAUCCACCUGCAGGGCAACCAGAUCUACGAGCUACCGCGCGGACUGUUCCACCGGCUGGAGCAGCUCCUGGUGCUGGACCUGUCCCGCAACCAGCUGUCGUCGCACCACGUCGACAACGGCACCUUCUCCGGGCUGAUCCGUCUGGUGGUGCUGAACCUGGCGCACAAUGCGCUCACCCGGAUCGACGCGAAAACCUUCAAGGAGCUGUACUUCCUGCAGAUUCUCGAUCUGCGCAACAACUCGAUCGGCUACAUCGAGGACAACGCGUUCCUGCCGGUCUACAAUCUGCACACGCUCAACCUGGCCGAGAAUCGGCUCCACACGCUCGACGAUCGGCUGUUCAACGGGUUGUUCGUGCUGGCGAAGCUCACGCUGAACAACAACCUGAUCAGCAUCGUCGAACCGAACGUGUUCCGGAACUGCUCGGAUCUGAAGGAGCUCGACCUAAGCUCGAACCAGCUCACGGAGGUCCCGUACGCAAUCCGGGACCUCUCGAUGCUCCGGGCGCUCGAUUUGGGCGAGAAUCAGAUUUCGCGCAUCGAAAAUGGGACUUUCGCGAACCUCAACCAGCUGACGGGGUUGCGGAUGAUCGAUAAUGCGAUCGAAAAUAUUACGAUCGGAAUGUUUAGCGAUCUGCCACGGUUGUCGGUGUUGAAUCUGGCGAAGAAUCGGGUGCAGAACAUUGAGCGGGGUUCGUUCGACCGGAACGGUGAUAUCGAGGCGAUCCGGCUCGAUGGGAACUUCCUGACGGACAUUAAUGGGAUCUUUGCGACGCUGGCCUCGCUGCUGUGGUUGAACCUGGCCGAGAACCACCUGGUGUGGUUCGACUAUGCGUUCAUCCCGAGCAACCUGAAGUGGCUGGACAUCCACGGGAACUACAUCGAGUCGCUCGGCAACUACUACAAGCUGCAGGAGGAGAUCAAGGUGAAGACGCUCGAUGCGAGCCACAACCGGUUGACGGAUCUGGGGCCGAUGAACGUACCGAACAGUGUGGAGUUGCUGUUCGUGAACGAUAACCACAUCGGCACGAUCCACGCGAACACGUUCAUCGAUAAGCUGAAUCUGGCUCGGGUCGAUCUGUAUGCGAACUCGCUGAAGAAGUUGCAGCUCCAUCAGCUGAGAGUGGCUCCGGCUACCCUGGAGCGCCCGUUGCCCGAGUUCUACCUCGGGGGGAAUCCUUUCGAGUGUGACUGCUCGAUGGAGUGGAUGCAACGGGUGAACAACCUGACGACGAGACAGCACCCGAAGAUUAUGGACCUACCGAACGUGGAGUGUAUUAUGCCGCAUGCCCGGGGGUCACCGAUCCGCCCGAUCGUCUCGCUGAAGCCGAAGGACUUUCUGUGCCGGUACGAAACGCACUGCUUCGCGUUGUGUCAGUGUUGCGAUUUUGAUGCGUGCGAUUGCGAGAUGACGUGUCCGACGAACUGCACGUGUUACCACGAUCUCACGUGGGGCACCAACGUGGUGGACUGUGGGGGUGGGGCGGCCACGGCCGCCGGCAGUCCCCGGCCGGUGCCGAUGGAUGCGACGGAGGUGUAUCUGGAUGGGAACGAAUUUCCCGAGCUCCGGAACCACGCGUUCAUCGGGCGCAAGAACCUGAAGGUGCUGUACGCGAACGCGAGCCGUAUCGUGUCGAUCCAGAACCGUACGUUCGCCGGGUUGACGGCACUGCAGGUGCUUCACCUGGAGGAUAAUGCGAUCGUCCGGAUCGCUGGGUACGAGUUCGAGAACCUGGCGCUCCUGCGGGAACUCUACCUUCAGAACAACGCGCUGCAGAGCAUCGCGAACAGUUCGUUCGCUCCGCUGUUCUCGCUGCAGAUCCUGCGGAUCGAUGGGAACCGGCUGACGACGAUGCCGAUGUUGCAGCUACAGGCGAACCAGCUGCAGAGUCUGCAGUCGCUUUCGCUCGGCCGGAAUCAGUGGAGUUGCCGGUGUCGGUUCCUGCAGGAGCUGACGACGUUCGUGGCGGACAACGCGGUGAUCGUGCAGGAUAUGCAGGAUGUGUACUGCGUCGAGGAUGGCCUCCACCGGGAGCUCGAUUUUAACGUGAGUGCCGCGUGUAGCGAUUUCUACGCUGGCCGCUCGGUGUUACCGGAUCGGCUUUCGGAAACGUACAUCUUCCUGCUGGCGGCCGCCCUCAUCCUGGCCUGCCUGCUCCUGUUCGUGCUGCUGAUGUUCAUCUUCCGGGAGCCGCUACGCUUCUGGCUGUUCUCUCGGUACGGUGUCCGGGUGUUUGGCCCGCGGUGUGAAGACUCCGAGAAGCUGUACGAUGCGAUCCUGGUGUACUCGGCGAAGGAUGCGGAGUUUGUGGCCCGCCAACUGGCGGCCGAGCUGGAGAAUGGGAGGCCACCGCUGAGGCUGUGCCUGCAGCACCGUGACCUACCGGAGGAUGCGUCCCAUCUGCAGCUGCUCGAAGCGUCGAGGGCUUCCCGGCGGAUCGUCGUCCUGUUGACGCGCAACUUCCUGCAGACGGAGUGGAGCCGGUGUGAGCUGCGCCGGGCGGUGCACGAUGCACUCCGGGGCCGUCCCUACAAACUGGUGGUGGUCGAGGAGGGGGGUGUGCUGCUGGAGGCCGAGAAUGAUGUGGAGCUGGUGCCGUACCUGAAGACGACGACGGCGGUGACGCGGGUCCGGCGCGGUGAUCGGCACUUCUGGGAGAAGCUACGGUACGCGCUGCCGGUGGAAGCGCCGUACCGGGGCAACAACUACACGAUCGACCACCACGAGCGGAUCAAGCAGACGGGGGGCGGGGGCGGCGUUGCGACGGGGACCGGUGUCCUGUUCCGGCAGGCACCACCCGCCUACUGUCCCGAGAUCGACGAGGCCAACUACUCGUCGGCGACGACGGCCACGCCGAGUCCGCGGCCAUCGCGGCGCGGUAUGGUGGAGAUCCCGCAGCGGCCCCCGAGCGAGCAUAUCUACUCGAGCAUCGACUCCGACUACAGCACGCUCGAGUGUGAGAACAUGGUCCAGCAUCCGGGCGUCCACCGGCCUUCCUGGCGCAGCAGUCAGGCCCCCCAGGGCCAGGGCCCGGCGAUGGCGAUGGCGGCCGUCGUCAACGGAGUGCCGAUGGGAUCGGUCGGCGGUGCCAUCCCGAACGGGGGCACGAUGGUCCAUCCCCAUGGCGGGGGGCACCACGUGCAGGCGUAUCUAGUUUAA